GCAGAUUUUGAGUGCAUUUCUUCAGGUGUUUCUAGUUUUCAUCGGUAUCAGUGUCGUAGUCGAUGUUGAUCAUUUUUCUUCUUAACUACCUGGCGCCAUUACCUGUGCCGCUGCCCCAACACACUCUCCUCUCCCCUCCAGCACGAGUUGGUGGUGCGGGCGGAGGGCGGCGGCGUGGCGGUGAUGUCACUGGUGCAGGUGAAGGUCGUGGACGUGAACGACAACCCGCCACACUUCCUGGAGGAGGAGAUGACGGUGACGGUGGUGGAGGAGGACGACAAGCACCUCCCCGCCACCAUCUUCAAGGUGGAGGCGAAGGACGCAGACGAGGUGGACGCUAACGGACUUGUGUAUAGCGUGGGCGGGGAAGGUCUGGAGGGCCCCAACGCUGUCUUCACCAUCAACCCCCACACUGGACAUCUGCUGCAGCUCAAGGCCGUGGACCGAGACCCGCCGAAAGGCCGCGAGCUGUGGCGCGUCAAGGUGCAGGUGCGGGACGGCCAGCGCGUGUCGCCCUCACUGGCCGCCGCCGCCACCCGCGCCUCCAGACGCCCCCGCCUCUCGCCGCCCGUCCCCCAGGGCCGCCCAGAGGACGCCGGUGUGGCUUGGUAUAUUCCCGUCCAGGGCUCCUCCGUAUUUUCGAAAUCAAGACACAUACCAGGCAACAGCAGAGCCCCACUAAAGAAACAGUAUCAUUUCUCCCAGGCUCAUGAAAAUUCCCUGGAGAGGAAACAUGACUUGUAUGACUCUGGUCAUCCAUCGCAAAUUGGGCAUUUCCAGCAGACUGGCCAAAAGUUAUCCGACCAUCGAUUCGUUCCACGAAUUCCGAUUUUGUUGUCCAGUGCUAGUCUGAAGGAGGAGGCAGAGGACGGAAACGGAGGAGAGGAAAGGGAAGAAAAGGAAGCUAAAGAAAAGUUGAAUAAAGAACAGAGAGCCGAGGGAGAGGAAGCAGCCAGCCGUAAGCCCUCAAGGAUGAAAGACUUGAGUGGAGGGAGAGACGCGAACAGGCUAACUUUUCUGCCGAAUAGGAAAACCGGAUUGACUGACAUGGGAAACAUGACGCCCGCCGACAAUGAAGACAGACCAACAAACCAGGAGCGGAGGCGCGCGAUGAAGAAAGAGCAGUAUGCCUCCAAAAGUAAAUGGAUCACGGAGCAAAAGAUUCAAGGCAUGAUGGGCAGAAUUUCUAAAGACUACGCCCCACCGGAAAGGAAAAGCAAAGCGCUGAUCAAUAAGCAGGUGGCCGCUGGGAGGAUGAAGAGGAGAGAGGUGGGCGGCCCGGAGGAAAGAUAUAGGCCAUUUAUAUCGUGUGGCAACGCUGAGAGGGAAUCCAUGACGAAAAAUAAGUGGCUACGAGAAACUAUGUGUCGCUCUGAGCACCACAGAAAAGGUCUCAAUAGAAGCGAAGAGCGGGUCAAGCUGAGGAGAGCAAAGUACUCCAACCUCAGAAAACAUCAGCAGAAUGGCUUUCAACGUAAAUUGCUUUCCCUCAGAGGAAGACAGACCGCAGCCAACGAAAAAGACAUGAGGGAAAGAACCGAAGGCAAAGAAAACCUAUUUGCUCUUGUGAAAGGGAAAACAUAUCACGGCCCCAAGGUAUCCCGUAGUGGCAAUGGAACAUCAGCAGUGAGUUUUAUUUCUCAUUCACCAAUUGACCUUUACGGCCAUGGCGUUAUACAAUCUUCCGAGACACCAGACUUUAUUUCAAGUGAAGAAGCUGACCCGACCUCGAGAAACCAGCUGAAAUAUGUACCUUUCCAGUCUCCUGACGUCCCCUCCAGUUGGUUUGACAUGAAGCACACUGAAGAGCAAGGUGCACUAUUCUCUAAUGAGUCAAUCAGCAUCACAAAGCGUAACCCUGAUCAGAUGUAUCUUGAUCACUUGCGCGGCUUCCAGGAAAAGCGUCGCAAAAGACAUAAAAGGGAGAGCCUCAUGAACCACUUGGCAUCGAGCGAAAUCCAAACACAGCAGCUGCAUGCGAGCCGCCGUAAGCGCGACCCAAAUACAAGUGAUAAGCUCGGCAAACGCGGCGAAAACGUGGAGAUGGAUCGUAUCAUUCUGACCCAGUUGGGGGAAGACCUUGUAUAUGUGAGAAGGUACAAGGCGGUCGGGGGCAGGUGCGAGGUCUCUUCCAGUUUCCCCAUGACCAGCAAGGAGGAAGAAAAGGAACAAGAUAAGCAGGAGCCAGAAGGAGGCGAAAAAGUGAACGACGAGGAGAAAUGGUGGCAAAUGGUGCAGGAAAUGGUGGAGGAAAUGAGAAGAGAGCAGGUGCAUGUGGCGGAGACGGUGGUGACGGUGGUGGUGAAGGACAUCAACGACAACGCGCCCGUAUUCCCCAACACGACCAUGUUUGGGGAAGUGCAGGAGAACGGCCCGAUAGACCUGUCGGCGGGUGUGGUGUGGGCGUGGGAUGCCGACGACGAGGAGGAGGGCACCAACGCGAUCCUCACCUACUCCAUUGACAAGAAUGUAGUAGACGAGAGAUCAGGAGAAGCGAUCUUCGACAUCGACCCAAAGACUGGCCUGGUGCGCACGGCUAUUUGCUGCCUCGACCGAGAGACCACACCCGAAUACCAUAUCCAGGUGGUGGCGGCUGACGGCGGAGGGCUGAAAGGGACAGGGACAGUGGUGGUGCGCCUGGUGGACGUCAAUGACAAUUCUCCACGCCUCACCAGAGACCUGUGGGAAGCUGAUGUUAGAGAGACUUGGGGUGACGGACCGGCCAGCAAUCAAACUCUUCUCCAGUUCACUACCACUGAUCAAGACACUUCCAACUAUUUUUAUUACCGGGUGCUGGAAGAAAGUGGAUGGGGCUGGCAGUUUUUCUCUGUAAGGACCGAGGGAGCCGUGGGGGAACUCUUUGCACACAAGACUCUAGAUUUUGAGGACCCUGCUCAGCGAAGAGGCUUUCGCUUCAUGAUCCAGGUGACAGAUAGGGGUCGGGGAGGCUGGACAGACGCCCGCCACACCGACACAGCCUGGGUGGAGGUCCGCCUCACCGAUGUGAAUGACAACCCUCCCAUGUUUCGUCGUCCUCAUGUCCAUGUCACUGUCAGCGAGGACACUGCUCCAGGCGCCCUCCUCGCCUCUCUCCCUGCCACGGACCCUGAUGAGAUGGGUCAUCAAAGAGUUAACUUUCAUGUGGUUGGAGGCUGGGGCGCCUUGCGUGUAGACCCAGGAGGGGGAGUGAGGCUGUGGCGAGCAUUGGACAGAGAAAGUGCAGGAGGUGAGGUGGGCGUGGCGAGGGUCAUCUGCAUGGAUGAAGGGCGUCCUCCCUUGUCCUCUACUGCCACUCUCACAGUCUCUGUCAGCGAUGUGAACGACUCGGCACCGCGUCUAAAUCCACCCUCCAGCUUGCACGUGACAGAGGGUGAACCGCCCUCCCUCCUUGGUGUCCUCACAGCAACUGAUGAUGACCUGUGGCACCUGGGUCAUGGCCCACCCUUCACCUUCAGCUUGGCACCUUCAAACCCACCUCUUAUCACCCGCUCCCUGACCCUCAAAUACAGUAAGAGUUUAGACAGUGGGCGAGGUGGGGCAGAGCUGUGGUCCGUGGCGGCACUUGACAGAGAGGAGCACCGACAAAUGACAGCUGAGGUCACAGUGAAGGAUGCUGGAGGCCUGGCAGCCACUCACCCAGUCACUGUGGUCGUUGAUGACGUAAAUGAUAAUCCAAUGAGUCCAGGAGCAAAGGUCGUUCAUCUCUGGAAGAUUCAGGGUGCAGGAUCUGACGUGGCUCUUGGCAGAGUGUACGUGGACGACCCCGACGACUGGGACCUGGAAGACAAGAGCUUUAGGUGGGCAGGACCCCCCCACCCUCUGUUCACCCUGAAUCCCAGCAGUGGAGAAGUGUUUGGCUCCAAUCAGCUCAGAGAGAGGAAGUAUGAGCUGCGCUUCUUGGUGUCCGACACACACUGGGGGCAGACAGACGUGGCAGCCAACAUGACUGUGGAAGUGCGGCACCUGAGUCCUGAGAGUCUGGCCCAUGCCGUGCCCAUCACUCUCAUGCCCACCUCUCCUACUGCCCUUGCUGCUGCCUGGAGCCCACAGCAAGGAGGUGGGGGCUUGGGUACACUUACGGAGGCAGUGAAGCAGGUGGUUGGAGCAGCAACUAAAGUGAUGAUUGUUAGUGUCUACGGAAUGCCUACAGCACCAGAAAGUGUGCCUGUUCUCACCUACCAGAACCUCCCAUUAGCCGGGACCCAACUGUCACCUCCACCCGCAGGAACAAUAUCACCAUAUGCCUGUGUGUGGCUGAGUGUCCGUCAGGCAAUGGGAAGCUACAUGGAUCCAGUGAAGCUGAAUGGACUGCUCUCUCUCCACCAGAACCUGCUGGAAAAGAGAAUGAAGCUGAAGGUUGUGGUGGGAGACACAGCUUCUGCUCCUGCCACACCACUCCAACAUCCCCCCUCCAUGGCUUCACUUGCCUCUGUAGCCCUCCCACUACAGGUGGUAGACACAAACUUGACUUCCCUGGUGACCCCGCGCCUCACCCGUCCCCAUGACUGUCACCGCCGCAGCAUCCACCUGGAAGAGGAGUCCUGCACUCAGUCAACUUGCCUCAAUGGUGGUCACUGUGUCAGAACAGACUUGGGCAACAAAUGCCUGUGUCCUGGCCGGUCAUGGGGUCCUCGAUGCAAAGUGUUGGCUCGCACCUUCUCAGGUUCUGGCUGGGCCUGGGUUCGCCCAUUGCCCCCCUGCCUGCCGACAACUGUCUCAUUGCGUCUCUUGCCACGCUUUGCCACUGGACUCAUUCUGUACUCGGGUCCCCUUUCUUCAACCUCCAACUAUCCACACUGGAGCCCUACACCCAUGUUGGCCUUACAGCUUGUUGAAGGUCGACCAGAAGUAAUUUUGGAGGGUUCCCGGGGAUCAUUAAAGCUACAGGUUGACACAACACUGCAGUCUGGGACUUGGCACACACUGCAUCUCCAUCUUGAUGCUCAGGGUGUGGUGCUAAUGGUUGACCUGUGUGGACAAGGCUGGGAGCACAGCCACAACAGUGAGCUUCAUUGCAUUGCCCGAGCUGCCUGGGGCAAGGAGGAGGAGACAGACAGCUGGAGCAGCGGCAUGCCCCUGCAGCUGGGGGGUCUUGCACAUCAACACCCUCAGCCCUCUGAAUUUGGAUGGACAGCUGGACCCCAUACUAAUGCUUUUACAGGCUGCAUCUCUCACCUCACCAUAAAUGGAGAACUCGUAGACCUAGGAGAGCCAGCCUUCAGCAGCAAAAGUAAAGGAGGUUGCCUGCCACAGGACGAAGCCUGUGAAAAAAGUGUUGCAUCAUGUGGGCUGCGAGGGGAAUGUGUGGGUGGCCUGCAAGAACCAAAGUGUGAAUGCACGCCAGGCUGGAUGGGACCAAAGUGCAUCACUCCCACUACUCCAGUUGCACUCCAACAUUCGUCUUUCAUGAAGUUGUCUUUAUCCCGGUUGCCAGAUCCAUACCAUGUUACCCUACAGCUGCGAUUAAGGCUGAGGGGAAGGCAUGAUGGUCUCCUCAUGAAGCUGGCUGCCAAACCAGACUCUGUCUCCUUGAAAUUAAGGCUACGCAGUGGUGUGGCAUGCAUGGCUCUGACAGCAGAUGAGGCAACCAGAGAAGUGUGUCUGGAAAGCUUCCCACUGGGUGAUGGACAGUGGCACACCCUGCGCAUGGCUCGCUAUGGUCACAACCUCAUCAUUGCAGUGGACGAUGGUGAUGGGUGGAAACAGAAUGCCACAUUGGCCUCCUUGCACACUGACUCUGAUGACAUGGAGCUGCAAGACAUCUUCACACAGCCCCCAACACCACUUCAAGUUGACAAGAAGGAUGGAGUGCUCCUGGGUGGGAUUCCAGAAUUUGUCAGUCUGAGUUUGGUGGCUGUCCAUGAUGACCUCACCAACAGCUGCUUAGAUGACAUUCGCAUAUCUGGUGAGGCUCUGCCACUUCCUCCUGCCUUCAACCACACCUCUUGGGGCAGAGUCACCAACUUGCAGGGCCUGGAAACUGGCUGCCCUGCACAGGAUGCUUGCUUCAAUACCACUUGCCUUCCCCCUCUUACCUGCCACAAUACCUGGAGACAAGCCACAUGCAGCUGUGGGCCCGGGCAACACCUUGUGGGCCAUGAAUGCCAAGAUGUUGAUGAGUGUUUGUUCAAACCAUGCCUAAACGGGGGUACAUGCUAUAACCUGCAAUCAAGUUACCAGUGUACUUGUGGACCUGGCCACACUGGGGACAACUGCCAAUGGGCAAUGCUUCCUUCAGACACACACCCACUGAAGGCCCCUUUAGCCAUUGCUGCUCUCACACUCUCCAUACUUGUUGUUGUGGUCAUUGGAGUGGUGUUAACUUUGCGCCACCACCGCUCUCGCACCGCCCGGGGAACACCUUUGUGCCCAGAAAGCAUGCCCAAGGGGACUCAGGCACUGGAGACUCCUGUUACUAUAGAGGCUGUAACAGACCUCUCCCACACACAGGCAGGCACUAGACAUAUCUUCACCCCGUUGGCCAUCUCUCGGGCAGUGGAUGUGAAUCAAGGUAUGAUUGACAUGAGCCUCACCUUACCACCACACACACUCAAGCACCAGCGAAGCACCAUUUCAGAAUCUGCCAGUACCAGAAGCUUAACCAGAUGUUCCAUCAUAACAGUGUGUGACACUACAGAAGAUCUUUCUCUGCACCAAAGGCUUGAUAGGAAGCAAACUGCAUUUUCUACAGAGACGUGUAGCACAGCUGCAGCAUCACCAUCAUGCACAGUUGCUGAUUGCUCUAUUCCUAGUGACCAAGUAGAUGGUGAUGAGGGAGGCAUAUCCAAGCAACAGGCAGUCCUUCUCAGGAAGAGUGCCACCUCCACCCCGCCACUACUUGCCCAAGAUGACCUCCGGGCCUAUGCCUACGAGGGAGACGGGUCACCAUCAGGCUCCCUCUCCUCUACAGUCUUGGGCCUACACAUGGAAGCACUGGAGGAAGAGGAAAGAGAGGAGCCCGUGAAACCAUUAGUGCCAGAGUAUGGAGCUGUGCUCGAUCUCCUUAAAAACCUUCCAGACGCAGUACCUGUAUCAGCCCAGGUCUCCAUGAGCACCAGACACAAAGAACAAAAGUCUAUUACACAAGAGAAACCAACUAGACCUGCACACUCAGUUUCCAUGAAAAGCAGCACAACGAGUUUAGGGCAUGAAGUGGAAGAAGUCAUGUUUGAAGAGGAUCAAAGAUUUUCUACUAGGAGCAGAGGCAGGAAAAACUCAUUAGAGUAUUCCACAGUUUGCUAAUACCACUAAUGGGUUUAUGUCGUGUCCAAUCUCAUUUUAAGGUUCCAUAAAAUCUUGCCAACAUUUUCUUUUUGAUGGCAGAUACACUUGCAAUUUAAAAUAAUUUCAACAGUACCUUCUCCAUGCCUUGAUUUUAUCUAUCAAUUUUAUCCCAACAAUUUUGGUUUACUGUCUUAGUGAAAAGUGUGCAAUGUUCAUAAUUAUAAUGAAAAAAAUAUUUUAUACAUUUAUAUGAUAUUGGCAAUAAAGUGUAUA